CUUUGGAGAGACACUCGUUCCUAUGAAAGCCCCCGCUGACGCUCUUCCGCAGGGGCCGAGUGGUAUUCCUGAGGUCCCUUCAACGGGACUACCAUCGCCGCCGUCAAGCCCCCCCCUCGCGGCCAUCACCUCGACGAACCAGCUGGCGUUGACUCCAAAGACGAAGUCGCGCACCGACGGCAGCUGGGGCGGUCGCAAUGGGAAUGGCAGCCCUCGACCGCGCCGUCGAGGGGGGGCAACAUCACGGAUCAGGGAAGAAUGUGAGAGAUUCUUUUGCGAGACCCUGCGGGCCAUGUUUCUUGGUGAGAGGAACUUGGCAGCGCACGGCGCCGUCCUGACGGAUGUCAUCAACUACAACAACUACCACAACCGCAACCACCACAACUACAACGGCACCGGUAACGAUGCUGGUGGCAUCAUCGCGGCCGACGACCCGCUUACGCCGCCCGAGCACUUCCCCAUCACGGAUCAAUCCCUGAUGGCCUCACGGGCGGCCGGAGCGGAUACCGGCAACGUUUCCGCCUGGUUGGAGGUAUACGACUACGCUGGCGGGACUAGCUUCCGGGCUUUCGUGUCUGAGGAUACGGAAAUCAAGAGUCUAUUCGUCUUUUUCGAUGCUGGCGUUCUCGGAAGGGACUUGAAGCAAGCUCUCGUCGCUCUAAUCGAACUUGCCGAAGGACCACUUGACUGUUCCCACAUGGUCAUCUGCCUUGAUCGGUCCUUCCCUGACGAGGAGCUGAAGGCAAUGAUGAAGGGCCUGCAAUGGGCCGGAUUCUCGCUUACAACUCUUGAUCACUGGACCGGUGGCAUGGACAUCAUAAGUAAUCAGUGGCUGUUCAUGGGCAUGGAAGUCUAAGGGAUCAGUUAUCCAGGGCGAAUGAAUGAAUUAUUUGAUGGAGUUCUCGGGGGUUCGGUGUCGUUCUGCGAAAUUGCAUUUCAUAUUUGGGUGGCCGCGUAUUGCCCUUUUCAGAUUUGCUCCUUUUAGCUCUGCUCCUUCUUCUUCUUCUUCCGGUCGUAACAACGCACCACGUCUAGCAAAUUGAAUCUUGGUUUCACAGUCAAAUUUCUUGUUUUUACCAUAGGUAUCAUAGCAAGUCUCUGGAGAAGAAAAUCUAUCCACAUUGAGGCUGCG